AUGCGCAUUUACGGCACCUUUCUCACGGGCCACCUUGCACGCUUCAAAGAGGACGUGCAGGAGAUGGGCACCAAGAUUCUCCAGGCCGGGCUGGCGCUGCACGAGCGCGUGUCCAGCACCUUCCGCAAGACGGCUGUGAACUUCCAUUACGAGUUCACGGUGCGCCACCUGGCCAACGUCUUCCAAGGGUUGCUGAUGAGCAGCCCCGACGUCAUCAACAGCCCCACCAAGUGGGCCAAGCUCUGGCUGCAUGAGAGCGAGAGGGUCUAUGCAGACAGGCUGGUCUCACAGGCGGACCUUGACAGCUACAACAAGUCAGCCGUCGCCAUCGCCAAAAAGUAUCUUGCGCUGCCAGAUAUUGACGAAUUUUACCGCAAGAAGGACCCCCGGCCCCUCAUGUUCUCACACUUUGCGCGCGGCAUGGCUGACAAGACCUACGACGAGGUUCCCGACUUCCAGCACCUGUACAAGGUGCUGACAGAGGCCCUGCUCGAGUACAACGAGACCAACGCGGUGAUGGACCUGGUGCUGUUUGAGGAUGCCAUGAAGCAUGUGGCCCGCAUCAGCCGCAUCAUCUCCAGCCCUGGAGGGCACGCGCUGCUGGUCGGCGUCGGUGGCAGCGGCAAGCAGAGCCUGGCCAGGCUGGCGGCGUUCAUCUGCGGCUACAGCACCGUGACCAUCGUGAUCAGCGGCAACUACGGCCUCAACAGCUUCAAGGAGGACCUGCAAAAGAUGUACCGCCGCGCCGGCCUCAAGGGCGAGGGCCUGCUCUUCCUGCUCACGGACAGCCAGAUUGUUGACGAGCGCAUGCUCGUGAGCGUCAACGACCUGCUGGCCAGCGGAGAGAUCCCGGAGCUGUUUGCGACAGAGGACCGCGACGAGAUCGUCAACGCGAUGCGCGGGGAGACGAAGAGCCUGGGGCUGGUCAAGGCCAACCUGCAUGUGGCGUUCACAGCUUCACCUGUGGGCGAGGCUUUCCGUGUGCGCAGCCAGCGCUUCCUCGCCACCAUCAACUCCACGGUCAUUGAUUGGUUCCAGCCGUGGCCGGAGGCGUCCCUCCACAGUGUGGCCCGCAAGUUCCUGGACGAGUGCGACCUCGGCUCAGACGCCACGCGCGCAGCUGUGGUCGAGUUUAUGCCCUUCGGGUUCGCCGCCGUCAACAAGCUCAUCAAGCUUUACAAGAGUGUCCUGGCCCGCAAGAGGAAGGAGAGCCAGGAGGCCAUCGACCGCCUGGAGAACGGCCUCAACAAGCUGCACAAGACCCAGGCGGACGUGGAUGUGUUGGUGGAGGAUGCCCGCAAGAUGGCGGUGGAGGUGGAGCACAAGGUCGCCAGCGCAAACGUGUUUGCAGACCAGGUUGGCGUGGAGAAGGAGAAGGUGGCCGCGGAGAACGACAGCGCCAAGGUGGAGGCCGACAAGUGCGCGGUCAUCGCCAAGGAGGUGGCGGAGAAGCAGGUGAUGGGGGCGCUCAGUGGUGACAGUGGUGGCAAGGCCACCAGGGCGUCGUGCGAGGCGGACCUCGCGGCCGCCGAGCCGCUUGUCGCCCAGGCCGAGGCGGCGCUAGACACACUCAACAAGAAAGACCUGGGGGAGACCAAGAGCCUGAAGAAGCCGCCACCAGGGGUUGAUGACAUCACCGCGGUGGUGAUCAUCCUGCUGGAGGGCAACCCCAAGGACAAGAGCUGGUCCGCGGCCACCAAGCUGAUGAACAACGUCGACAAGUUCCUGGAGCGCCUCAGGUGCUACAAGACCGUCAUAGACGAGGGCAAGGUCCAGAAGAAGACAGUCGACGCGUGCCGCUCCUACCUGGAGCUCCCCCACUUCAACCGUGACGUCAUCUUCACCAAGAGCCACGCGGCCGCGGGGCUGUGCGAUUGGGCCGUCAACAUUGUCAAGUACUACGACGUCGUCAGCGAGGUGCGGGGGCCCAAGGUGGUCGAGCCCAAGAGGAUGGAGCUGGCCGCAGCCAAUACUAAGCUGCAAGAUGCCAACACCAUGCUGGCAGCUGUGCAGCAGAAGGUGGCGGAGCUCAAUGCCAAGGUGCAAGCGCUGGAGGCCCAGUUCAACGCGGCCGUGGACGACAAAAACGCCGCCAUACGCGAGAGCGAGCGCUGCCAGCUCAAGCUGCAGCUGGCCAACAGGCUCAUCAACGCGCUGGCGUCCGAGGGCGAGCGCUGGGCGCGCACGGUGGAGCAGCUGCGCGCCGGCUACGACGUGCUCACGGGUGACAUGCUCGUGGCUAGUGCGUUUGUGAGCUACGCGGGCCCCUUCACGAGCCGCUUCAGGUCGGGCCUGAUCAGCGACUGGAUCAAGUUCCUGACAGACAAGGGGGUGCCCAUGACGGAGGGCAUCAAGGACCCGCUGUCACUGCUGGUGGACGACGCGCUGGUGGCCUCCUGGAUCCGCCAGGGCCUGCCCUCCGACCCCACCAGCGUCCAGAACGGCACCAUCCUGGUCAACAGCGAGCGCUGGCCGUUGAUGAUGGACCCGCAGCUGCAGGGAGUGCUGUGGAUAAAGGAAAGGGAGGCCAAGAACGGCCUGCAGGUCGUGCGCAUGGGCGCUGACAACAUGAUGGUGGUGAUUGAGCGCGCCAUGGCCGCGGGGAACAGCGUGCUGAUUGAGAACAUGGGGGAGUCCAUCGACGCCGUGCUCAACCCCGUCAUCACACGGUCCACCUUCAAGAAGGGCCGCAGCCUGUACAUCAAGCUGGGGGACAAGGAUGUGGAGUACAACAGGAGCUUCAAGCUGUUCCUGCACACCAAGCUGUCAAACCCGCACUACCCACCGGAGAUCCAGGCGGAGACCACCCUCAUCAACUUCACAGUCACAGAGCAGGCGCGCCUUGGCAUCGCAUUUCUCACCCUGUCGCUCAUGGCAGGCCUGGAGGACCAGCUGCUGGCGCUUGUGGUCAACAAGGAGCGGCCCGACCUUGAGGAGACCAAGACACAGCUCAUCAUACAGAACACCGAGUUCACGAUCAAGCUGAAGCAGCUGGAGGACGAGCUGCUGUACAAGCUGUCAACUGCAGAGGGCGACAUCACAGAGGACGUGGGGCUGAUCGAGUCCCUGGAGGAGAGCAAGCGCGUGGCCACCGACAUCACGGACAAGGUGGCGGAAGCCCGCGAGACAGAGGGCGCCAUCAAUGACAGUCGCAACAAGUACCGCCCCGUGGCCCAGCGCGGCGCGAUGCUGUUCUUCCUGCUCAACAGCCUCUCCAAGAUCCACGCGUUCUACCAGUUCAGCCUCAACGCGUUCGUCACAGUCUACGGCCGCGGCCUCGACAACGCGCCGGGAGGCCGUCGCAAGCCGGCCGCGGCCGCCGCUCAGCCAAACGAGGGCGUGCUGCCUCAGAUGCAGCGCCGCGUGACAGGGGACCGCCGUGAGUUUGCCGAGGUCAUGGCGAUGGCGCGCCGCACGUCCAGCCAGACGGGAACAUCGCCGGUCGUGCACAGCAGGAGGCCCACCAACAUGCAGGCGAGCGUGAGCGGCGAGGCGACCAUCGCCGAGGGCGCGGAGGACGGCUCCGAGGAGACCGAUUACGCCAUGAGCCCAGAGGAGCUGGAGAAGAGGAUGGCCUCGCUGCUGCAGACCUGCACCUACACGGUGUUCAACUACACCCGCCGCGGCCUGUUUGACCGCGACAAGCUCAUCGUGCUGACCCUGCUGACCUUCAACAUCGGCCUGCGCAACGGCACCAUUGACGCGGCCGAGUACGAGGCCCUGUGCAAGGGCGCGCGCAGCACGUCCCCGCCGCCUAUCACGGACGAGCUGUCGCGCUGGAUGACCGAGGGUCAGUGGGCCGCCGUUGACGCGCUGGCCACCAGCGGGGUGCCGGGCUUCGCCUCCCUCACCAAGGACCUGGAGAAGGCCAGUGAGGAGUGGAGCGCGUGGUGCCUGUCAGAGGCCCCGGAGCGCGCCCUCAUGCCGGGAGACUGGGGCCGCGUCGGGGAGUUCAGGAAGCUGCUGCUGCUGCGCGCGCUGCGGCCUGACAGGAUCACCAACGCGCUGCAG